GAGGCGCUUUAAAAUAAAAUCACAUUUACACGGGUUCGUAAUUUGUUUUACUUCAAGAUUAUAUAUUUUUAUGGAAUCUUUUGACAUCUUUUAUAUAAAAAUUGCAUUACAGGGCCGUAUUUUGAGAUUAGAGUUUUAAAAAUUUCUAUAAAAAUAUGAAUUCGCAGCUCUUCGCGAGAAGCGCCAUCUCUCGACCUCUAAAUUACCUUCUUUGUAGUUUUAACGAUCAUCUAUACUCUCAGCAGCAAAUUCAAGUGUUAAUUUGCGAGAUGUACAAAUAAAUCGAAGCGUGUCCAAUGUGCAACGAGAAAUAGCAGGCUCAGGCAGGCUUUUCCUUUCCUUCUGCAAGGCCCGAUUGCAAAUGCGGUUUCACUUUCUCAUUCUGCCAUCAUUCCACGGGAGGCGAGAUGCAUUCUUUUCACUUCUAACGGUGCGAAAUGUUCUAACUGAUGUUUCGAGGACCAUGCGUAUCGACGUGUAAUUUCGAGGGUGUUCUCAAGGAUAUUUCCUGCAGAACUUUUGGACAUCUAUCAUUGAUCCUUGUAACAACCGUGGCAUAAAUAUUGAGAUCUAAAUAUUAACGAAUUUCUUACAAAUGAGACAUUUUUGGGAAACAUUAAGAUUUAUAACAUCUUCGAGAUAGAAGGAUCUUCAUCUUCAUCGAGAUCCCUGGUCUCGUUCCAUAAAUCACAAGGAACGACCCUCGAACGCGCUUCAUGUUCCUCAGCAUCUACUGGACCACAUCGUCACUGGCUCUUGCCCCCUCCUAUGCCGUCGACACGAUCACUUUCUUCGAGAUAGCCUCGUGCUGAAGGAUCCGCUGUUGGCGUCGCACUAAUCCUACUCGAGGAUCGAUCGACGUCGCCAAGGCCAGUCGCAGGCUAUGCAGAUUCAUAGAUCGUGGUGAUCACGGCGCGGUGAUCCUCGGCGCGCGGGUAUUCUCGAUUUCGCUGGCGAUGUGCCGUCUUCGCAGCGACUUGAUCGUCCUGCUGGUAGUCGUCCUGGCAGAGGUGCCUCAGUGUGCCAUGAUGAGGAUCGUCCGGGAGGAUCAUACCAAGUGCGGAUGUCCGGCAGCGUCCCAGAGGCAACCACGCUCGAUUGUGUCGUCGAAGGUACAGGUGCUAAAGGACACUGGAGCGUCCUCAACGACUACCACCACCACCGGACGCAUCUUCAAUGGCAAGCCUAGCAAAAGGGGCUCGUGGCCUUGGCAAGUGUCCCUUCAGUUGCUUCAUCCGACACAUGGCUUCAUCGGCCACUGGUGUGGGGGUGUGCUGAUAGAUCCCAAGUGGGUGCUUACUGCUGCCCAUUGCAUUCACAAUGAACUGUUCAAUUUGCCCAUUGGUGCGCUAUGGACAGCGGUGGUCGGCGAAUGGGAAUUAGACGCAGGUGGACACGGAUCCACUCGUUUACCUGUCGAAAAAGUCAUCCUCCAUGAGAGAUUCAACAAUUAUCUGCACGACAUAGCUUUGAUGAAACUCGCUAGACCAGCGCCGUUGUCCAAGGUUGUUCGCACAAUUUGCCUUCCUGAUCCUGAAGAAAAUUUUGCGGAAAGGCAGUGUGUAACUUCCGGCUGGGGUCGAUAUGGUCCCUCGCCUUCCCUUUCCACCGCUCUUCUAGAAGCCAACGUUCCUCUACUGAAUCUCGAAGAAUGCCUACAGGUCUAUGGUACCUUGGUGCCUAUCAGGAAGGGUCAUCUCUGUGCGGGUCACACUGAUGGUUCCACUGGAAGCUGUGUGGGUGACUCCGGAGGACCUCUGCAAUGUCGUCGCGCCGACGGUGUUUGGCAGUUGGCUGGUGUCACGUCCUUUGGCUCCGGUUGUGCCAGACCGGGCUACCCGGACGUAUAUACCAGGAUACAACAUUACCUGAACUGGAUCAAGAAGACGAUCAGCAACGACGAUGAGGAGCGACGAUGAAAUUCGUUCAUUUUGUCUCAUUGGAUAGGAGGAUCGCUUUAAUGACGCGGAGCGUGCGCUAUGUGGACGAUUUAGUUGAAAAUAUCGAUUCAUGAAGGGCGCACGCGAUAUACCGUGAGAGUACAUUUGGUUCCAGAGUGAAGCCUUAAUUAGCCUUAAUUAUUAA